CAAAGGAUAAAUAUUCUGGGAGGUCACUUUUUUUAAUUUCAAAAAUUCAAUAAAUUUAGUUUGAUUUGGAGGUCAUCAAAUUUACAAUGAUCAAGUCAUACUUGCUCGUAAAGACAAUGACACCAGGAAUAACAUUAUUUACUAAUUUUAGCAAUUGCUCCUCGAGUGAACAAGUAGUUUAAGAUUUAUGGUAAAAAUUAAGCCUAGGAGAAUGGCAAGUUGGACAGACUAAAUGGGAAUUUGUACAAUUUUAACAGAUUUUCAUCAUAAUUUUGAUUAGGGACAUACCUGUGAGUCAAUGUUAGAUUUUAGAUAAUAGGAAUCAACCAUAUAUAAAAACCAUAAAAAAGAAUUAGAAGAGUCAUAUUAUAAUUUUUAUUAAUUAAAAUAAAAUAUCUUUAAUAUUUAAAAAGCCUUAUACAAAUUUUUAUUUACUUGUAAUAUAUUUAUAACCAGAUCUAAUCUUUUUGAUUUUAUUAAAUUAAAUAACAACAAAAAAUAAUGAAAGCUCAACCAUCCAAUGA